AUGGACACUCCCGAGUCAGAAAAGAACAAGAUGUUCAAAAGAACAAAUAGCAACCGAUUAUUCAUACUAGAUGAGUUUCUUGGGGUUGAAUCGGAAGAUUUGUUUCCAAAAGAGUCGCUUAGCUUUUCCGAUGAUCUGCACCGAGUUCUAGAAACACGGCGUCUACCAGGGUUUAGUCAGGAGGAACGGAGUAGUGCAGCUGAUAUGUACCAGGCGCGGAUGGAGCGGAAAGAACCAUCGAUGCAUGUAGAUGCCUGGGGGAUGAAAAAGAAACGGCGAUCAAGUUCUAUGUUUUGGAACUACAUGCACGGUGAACGCGAGGUGGGAUAUCCGAAUGAUACGUUGCCUUUUCUUAAACGGCCUAGUGAAGCUAACCCGCAAAAGCUCUUUUUGGGAGUGAUAAAGAAGCCGGCUGUUCUCUACGAGAAAAACACAACCAACUCGAUUCUACCGCUAUAUCUUAACUCCACGACUAGUUUUGAGGGUCCAACCCAGAAGUCUGAAUUUAUGAAGAUCAGUAAGAGCUUUAUUGAGCGAGUGGGUGGCAUUGAGUUUGAAUCUCUAACUGUACAGCAGCUGAAGGGAAUAAUGAAAGAGUUCGGUUUGAACUAUACGGGGAAGAAGCAAGAGCUUAUUGGCCGAAUUCGGCAAACUUACCAGAAGAUAAUGCAGAAGAGAGAGAAGGAGGGAAUAUCCGGAAAGUUCAUGGACCAGGUCGAUGAUUUGGAAGCCAGACCGUACGAAGAAUCAACUAAUAAUGAGAAAGCCCCAAUAGGCUUCAUGUUCUUCUAG